GUGUGUGUGUGUGUGUGUGUGUGUGUGUGUGUGUGUGUGUGCGCGCGCUUGUGUGUCUGUGUGAGUGUGUGUGCGUGGAAGGUGCAAAGUAAUGAUAGGAGUUAAUUGAAACUGUAGAUAUCAUUCUUUGAUAUGUGCCGUUAAACCAAUGAUGGUCUUUUAUUUUCAAUAGAUUAAAAAUAGAAGAUUAAAUUUAAAACCAUUCCUUAAGAAAAUUGGAACCCUGGGCAGAAUGUGAGUAGAAAAACAUUAAACUAAAGCUUGUUUUUUUAAUUUAAUUUAGAAUAAACAUGAACUCAUUCUGAAUUUGAUGCCAAAAAUCACAUUUAAAAUAGCUAGCUAGCUAGCAUCUUAGUUUCAUCACCUUUUUUUUAAUUAACUCUUAGUUUAGAAGAGAAAUGUUUCCCAAUUCUUGUUUCAUUUAGGUUUUUACAACAGAGUCUCCUUUUAUAAGUUCUGUUUCAUAACAAGCCAAACAUUUUCAAUAGAUGAUAAGUCGUAGCUGCAGGUCAAUUUAGCACCCAGACUUUCUCACUACAGAUCCAUGCUGUUCUACAAAGAAUGGGGUUUGGUAUUGUCCUGAUAAAAACAUUAUCUACUCAGUAGCAAAUGGUGUUGACAAACAUAUCAUUCAGUUUUAAGGGGAUCUCCACAAAUGGGCAGGUUAUCUGCAUGCCUGUUGAACUGGUGCAGCCCCAUACUGUCACAGAUACUUUUCAAUGCUUUUCAACAGUGUGCUUGAUGGUCCCUCUCCUCUUUGGCCUAGAGGAGGCAGUGUCUUGAAUCAGUCUUGACUCCUCAGACCACAGAACAGUUUUCCACAUCUGUUCAGUCCAUCAUGAAUAAGCUCAGGCUCAGGCGUAACAGCAUCCUUUUAACAGUGUUUGUCUUUUUAUGGUAGAGUUUCAACAUGUAUUUGUGGAUCAUCUUAUGAACUGUGAUUUUGAAGUGUUAUUGAGGCCAUGCAGUACUGUAAAAUCUCCCACAAAACUGUUACAUUUUGGAGGGUUUCUACUUUUUUGCCAGAACUGCCCCCUCCCCAUCUGUAAAUUCAGAAGGACUCGUCUUCUGUGAGAUGUUUUUUUUAUACCAAGUAUGGUUACAAAUCACUGCCUCCUGGCAAAAAGGGUCAAAAGUCAACAAGCAAAGCUCAAACAUAUAAAUAUUUGCAACAUUAUUUCAAAGGGGGGUACAGUGUUAAAUGUUAAAACUGCAAGGCCUUUGUAUUUAAAAAGAAACAUGUUUGUACUAGCAGAGGAAAACUGUUGGAGUAUCACCGCAAUAAUUGUGGCUUAAUUAAAAAGUCAUAUUAGAUUGUUAGUUCAUACACAGCUGUAACAGAAAAAGUGAAUUUGUUAAAAACCUACAUUAAAACAAUAGUACUUGAUAAUGGCAAUAAUAAAUGUCAUGAAUAGGUUCAGUUGUGAUCCAAUGAAUCUCAGCAUAAGCAACAUAACGCACAGUGGAAACCAGAAGUUUACAUACACUAUAUAAAAAGGCACAUAACCUUUUUUUCCUCACCGUCUAACAUUAAAUCAGAUUACACUUUUCCUGUUUUUGGUCAAUUAGGAUUACCAAAAUUAUUUUUAUAUGCUAAAUGCCAAAAUAAUGAAAGAGAUUUUUUUAGACAAUUUUUAAUUAUUUUCUCAAGAGUCAAAAGUUUACAUACAUUUCAUUAACAUAAAAACCAACUUGUGUCCAUUACUUCCUUGCUGAUGUCUUGAGGUGUUGCUUCAGUAUUCCCACAUAAUGUUCUUUCCUCAUGAUGCCAUCUAUUUUGUGAAGUAUACCAGUCCCUUCUGCUGCAAAACAACCACACAACAUGAUGCUGCCACCCCCAUAUUUCACAGUUGGGAUGGUGUUGCAAGCUUUCCCUUUUCUCCUCCAAAUGUAACAAUGGUCAUUAUGGCCAAAAAGUUCCAGUUCAGUUUCAUCAGACUACAGGACAUGUCUUCAAAAUUUAAGGUCUUUGUCCCUGUGUGCAUUUGCAAACUAUUAUCUGGCUUUUUAUGUUUCUUUUGGAGUCAUGGCUUCUUCCUGGAAGAGUGGCCUUUCAGCCCAUGUCGGUACAGGACUUGUCUCACUGUUGAUUAUGACACACUCUUAACAGCUUCAGCCAGCAUCUACACAAGGGCUUUUGCUGUUGUUCUUGGGUUGAUAUUCAUAUUUUGGACCAAAGCACAUUCAUCUCUGGGACACAGAACCCAUCUCCUCCCUGAGUGGUAUGACGUCUGGACAUUCCCAUGGUGUUCAUACUCGUGUACAGUUGUUUGAACGGAUGAAAGUGGCACCUUCAGUCAUCUGGAAAUUGCACCCAAGGAUGAACCAGACUUGUGUAGGUCCACAAUUCUUUUCCUGAUAUCUUGGCAGAUUUCUUUUGAUUUUUCCCAUGAUGUAACACAAAGAAGCCCUGUGUUUCAGGUGUGCCCUAAAAUACAUCCACAGAUGUGCCUCUAAUUAACUCAAAUGUUGUCAAUAAAUCAGAGGCUUCCAAAGACACGAUAGCAUCGUCUGGACUUUCCCAAAUUGUUUAAAGGCAUAGUCAUCUUAGUGUAUGAAAACUGUUGACUCUUGAGAAAGUAAUAGAAAAUUGUCUAAUAAAUUCUCUCUCUCAUUAUUUUGGCAUUUAGCAUAAAAACAUAAUUUUGGUGAUCCUAAUUGACCAAAAACAGGAAAAGUUUAAUCUGAUUUAAAGUUAGACGGUGAGGAAAAAAAGGUAAUGUGCCUUUUUAUAUAGUGUAUGUAAACUUCUGGUUUCAACUGUACAUAGAUCACAUACAAGACUAAUUGUACACUUUUGGGAUAUGAUACAAUCACAGUGAAAAGCUGUAUGUAGGGGUUUGUGUAACAAGCUAAGUAAGACAAAGGAGAUGGUCGUGGAUUUCCGCAGGAGGAGGACAUCUCAGACUGUUCCAGUGAACAUCCAGGGUCUGGACAUCGAGAUGGUGAAGUCCUACAGAUUCCUGGGUGUCCACCUCAACAAUAAACUGGACUGGUCAACCAACACAGACGUUCUGUACAAGAAGGGCCAAAGUCAUCUCCACCUGCUGAGGAGACUGAGGUCCUUUGGAGUGUGCAGGACUCUGCUCAGGACUUUCCAUGACUCUGUGGUAGCAUCUGCACUUUUCUAUGCAGUGGUCUGCUGGGGGGCAGGGAGCACCGAGAGGGACAGGAAGAGACUGAACAGACUGGUCAGGAGGGCCAGUUCUGUCCUGGACUUCUCCUUGGACUCCCUGGAGGAGGUGGGUGAGAGGAGGAUGUUAGCAAAGCUUGUAUCCAUCAUGGACAAUCCCUCUCACCCACUGCACCAGACUGUGGGGGCUUUAAGCAGCUCCUUCAGCAGCAGACUGAGACUCCCACCUUGCAAGACGGAGCGCUACCGUAGGUCAUCCCUCUCUUCUGCAAUAAGACUUUACAACGAACUGCAAUAAAACUGGACUCACACCACCACUUUUUUCUGGCAUUUAAAUUGUGUAUACUGUAGAUAGUUUUAUUUUUCUUCUCCCUUUUUCCUUUUCCUUAAUUUUUUCUUAAUUAUUACAUUUAUUUAAGUUCUUAAUAUAACGAUCUUUAUUUUUAUAACUGCAUUUUUGCACUCUUUGUCUGUGAUGCUGCUGUGACAAAAAAUUUCCCCCUUGGGGGAUCAAUAAAGGAAUAUUCUAUUCUAUUCUAAGCUACAAUAUCAAACUAAAACAGAUCAAGUCCAAGUCUUCAAAUCAAAUAUCGGACAGAAACUUGUCUUCUAACAGCCCUUCAACUUGACAGCAGCUCCUGUUCUUCUUUUCCUUAUUCACUCUGUUCUCUGUUGAUCCUCUCCCUGUCUGUCAAACCAGCCUGUAAUUAACUCGUUAUCAUCCUGACAGUGUGUGUGUGUGUGUGUGUGUGUGUGUGUGUGUGUGUGUGUGUGUGUGUGUGUGUGUGUGUGUGUGCUCUCUCCAGCAGAUGGUGCAUUGCUUUUAUGAAUCGCUGCUGGUGCCUCUGGCCGUGUAGAGGCGGAGUUUUCCCCUCUGUCGUUGACGUGCAGGCGGCGGGCAGCAGCAUCAGCAGGCAGAGGGCAGCAAGCUAGUCCUAUCAUCUUCCUGAGUGGAUCACAGGAGCGACAUCAUCAUCCAGCAUCCACCCUGACAAGGACAACUGCUCCACCUAAUAACACACAGGGACAGGACAUUUUAUUCCGAGCAAAGCGAGAAAAUCGCAUCGACAGCGGCAAGAUGCUGGCCUGUACAGAGAUGAUCACCAUGUGUCUUCAAUCCGCCAAACACGAACACCUGAGAAAGCAGCAGGAGAUGGAGUACAACAAAAAUCAAGGCAUCCCUCUGGUUCAGGAUGUGAGUAUAUCUAUGCGUUGACUUUGUCGUUCUGAACUUUCAUUGUUCCGAAUUUCAACCUCUUCAUCCGUCCACCGUGUGGACGUGUGUUUGGUUAAUUAAAUACAUGAUUGUAUCCAUAAUUAGACCUGACUUCUCUGGAGAAGUAAUCCCCCGUCCUUCAUCAUCCUCUUCAUGAAUGGUUCACACAGAGCUAAUGUUCUCAUUGAUGUAGAGCCGCUCUAUUAUGUAAGAAAGGUGAGUGCAUGGCCAUUAGUGCGUGAAUAACAGAAGAGAUGCCUCAGCACAGUCACGUGUUUGCAUUCGUUUGACCAUGUAACAUUAAAAGCAUUUUUUCAACAUAGCUAUUUAAAUCAGCUUGGUUUUCCCCCCUCGUUUUCUGUGCUGAGGUUGCUCAUGAAAUUGGUCAUAUCCACAGAGUGGGUGAAACAUGCAUAUUGUCUGUCUAAAAUAUGAUAUUCCUUACAUUUUCAGAAGCAGUCUUACCUUCACACAUACCCAGUCACAAACAUAAAAAUAGAAGAUCUUACAGUUUUAAUUAUUUCAUGUGGAUUUUGAUGGCUAUUCAUGGUUUAAGUCACAGGCAUAGGGGCUGUCUCUGUCUAUGCUGCCCAUUUUUCUCCUUUUUGCUACAAAAUAAUAAAAAAAAGACAUCAGUGCUUAUGCUGUAAUAUAUCUAAAAAUCAUGACCUUUUGUUGCACCUUUGGCUAUUUGGCCUCUAGUUUACUGGGGACAUCAAAAAAAACAAAACAAGCUGCAUCAUUCCCCAGACUUACAAUUCCUGACAGCGGGCUGUAAAUACAAUUCCCUGGUUUCCUCAGGGCAGAUUAUUGGCAGGAUUGGGGACAUAAGACUGCAGCAAGUACGCAUUGGCUUUAAAUGCAUGUCUUUUUUAUACCGCCCAAAGCUGCAUGACCUCCAGAACUAGCUUUAUUCCUUCACCCCACCCUUUAAAAUGGCCAAUACAGGCCAGUUACUGUGCUUUAUCUACUUGAAGAUAGAGCUUGAUUUCUCAAACGCAGCUGCACUCAUCCAGUCUUCCCUGACAGCAUCACGCUGCCAAUCACACUUUAAUUGCAGCUUUUCUUAGAAAAUCCAGCGUCACUUGUACUUUUCCUCCUCUGCACAGAUAAAUAACACCAAAUUUAGCUUGAAGAAGCUCCUUUUUAAUCUCAGAAAAAUGUUUGCUAUUCUCUCUCUGUCCUUGCACUAGUUGAAGGACUCGCUGUUGUGUCUGACAGACUUUCAUUUGUUUGAAAACUGUUAACCUUCAUGUAGCUGAGAUGAGCCUUUGCUGCUCUUUUUUAGAUAAUAGCUGCUUCACUCUCUGAUGGGAAGCCUUUUAUACAGACAGGUUGAAGUGUAGAUGUUCAGCUCCUCCUCCAGGUCUAGCUUUAUUGCGUUCAGUAGCUCUCAGUGUGACAUAUUAAGAGACCUCGGGGGACUAGCUGAGAAGGAAAUUACUACCCAGAAGAAUCCAUGUAGCUAAUGCUGCUAUUUGAAGUCACUCUGUGAGAUGACAACAGCUCCAUUGACUCCUUCAACUCCUAUGUCACAGCACAAAAGAGAAAGAGGACCUGUAAAUCUCCUCCACAGUCGUCCAUGUUUAUUAUUCACAAUGAGGUUCACUGAUUUGAGGGGCAGCCUGAAAGCUUCUUCUUCAGAUGCAUAUAUUAUCACUUCUUUAUAUUAGGGGUGUAUGACAGCGUUGAUGCAACCUUCAAGUUUCAUUAUAAAGUCAUCAUAUGUCAUAUCAGUCCAGAGAGGGUAAAGGACCAUGCCAGUGUUCAACUUGAGUUAGCCUAUUUAUGAUAUCUUCUUUCAGGGUUAGAUCAAAUAAAUAAAAAGAGUAAUAAAUUCUCUGGUCACAUUAUCCAGCUUAGCAGUUUGGCCUAUUUUAGCUUUUUACAGAUAAUCUUAUUGGUUUUGGAGUAUAGAUCCAUAAAAAAAAUUGCAGUGCACAAAUACCAAACUAUGUUUUUGAAAUUUUUUUUCAUCAUUGGCAGGGAGGCCCAAAAACUAUCAAAACAUACCAAGUAAAAACACUGUAAAAUGGAGUUUUUUCACUAACUGCAAAUACUUAAAAAACUGCUUUUGUUUUUGUAAAUUUUCUUUAUCUGUAGUAGCAGUGUUCUAUUUCAUUUAUCUGAACUUGUUUUCAGCCUUAUGACGUAAUACCAUAGGAUACAAUAUGAUAUGGUAUGGUAUAUUACAAUAUGAUACAAUAUGAUAGGAUAGAAUAGGAUACAAUACAAUUUGAUAUGAUACCAUACCAUACUAUUCCUGAUACUUAGCCCCUGGUAAUGCAUGAUUUUAUAGUUAUUGAUAAAUUGCAACUGAUUAACAAUGAUAAUAACAAUGACAAGGAUACAUCACAUUAUCUAAUUAUCAUAAGAUUCGUGACUCUAAAAAGUGCAGGAUUGGUGUCAUUAACGCAGCCAUAAGUAAAUAAUUAUGCUGUCAGUCAAAAAGAAGCGGAAAUCUGUUGAGAGUUGCUAUUUUUGACUGAAAACAUUUGUAUUUGAUGCUUGCAGUACCUUGAUCAGUACCUUUAACUCUAAAUCAGUAUUCAACAGUUUUCAAUCAGUUUGGCUAUGACCAAACUACACAUUUCCAUUCAAAUGUAUCAACCUGUUGUCAUUUUAUUUGGAAUGUCUUUCCCUGUCUUUUGAAUCCAUCCUAAAUCAUGUAAUUGCAGAAAACAGCAUGACUUCUUUCAUUUCGUAAAUGCUACCAUGUUGAUUAAGGUACAAAGAGUGUGAAACAAAGGAAUAAAUCUGAUGCCUAGCCAAAAAACUUGCAGUCCUUUGAGGGCACUCUAAACUGAACCUUCAAUCUUUCAACAUGUGUGAUGUUCAGUGCUAUUCUUUGUAGUAUGGAUUUCUGUGAGGCUCAGGUGAUGUGUCACUAAUGGAGGGGGGAUGUUGUUAAAAAAAAUGGGAUGUGAACAAAGAUGGUCUGGACCUUCACGCUCUGAAGUGCUCAGGAAAUGACAGCAGACAGAUGUGAGUGCAGCGCUUCACUCUGAUGAUCCAGUUUAUCAGCCAGACACUGGACUGUAUUGGGCCUCAUAUGGAGGGUGACUGAACCGAGAAAAAAGGUGUCACUCUGAUCUCACUUACUAGUAGAUCUGACUUUUCACAGGUGCAUUGUUAGACUGUUACAAGGUAGACACUGUUGUUUAUGAUUUUUUUAUUGUCUUCAAGGAAAAAGAACAAUUAGGAGCAAAGACGAUCACUUCCUGCAACAAAAAAGACAUAAAAUUAGGCAAAUAUCAUGGGGAGGAAAAAAUAAAAACAUUUAUUCUAAAGCUCUUCAUGGGUACACAUAAAUGUCAGCAUUUCAUCUCCUGAGAUUUCUCAUUGUUCUUUUGUCAUUGAAAUGCAAAAAUCACUGCUUCUUCAACCAAGAAAUAAGAAAAAACGGUUCUUGUACAGAUUGUCUCAACAUUUGUGGAGACUUUGGCUGACAUGCGUCACUGUGGUAACACUUAACAAUAACCAUAAUAAAUAAAUGGUAAAUAGAUAGUUUAUUCAUGUUUAAUCAUUAUAUAAAAACAGCUUAUAGACCAAUUAUAAAUGACAAAUAGAUAGUUUAUUAAUGUAAGUAAAUAGUUACUUUACUGUUAACAAGCAAUGAAAUUCUGAUUAAUAAUUUUCAUUUAUUAUUGAUGGACUAGUUAUAAAAGGUUUAUAUAGGGUUUAAACAUUGAUUGUAAAACAUCUUUAUUAGAAUGUGUGUCAGUAGCACUUUGUAAAUAGUUAAUAUCUGCCUUUUAAACCAUCUAUAAACAUUACUUGGAUGGUUAUUGUAAAGUUGCAACUGAUGUUUGUAAUACUUUGUAAAUGAUUAAAAAGUGGUUUAUAAACCACCUAUAAACAUUACUUAGAUGGUUAUUGUAAAAGUUAGGGUUAGGGUUAGGGUUAGGUUUUUAAAAUGGUAAAAUUUACAAUUUAUUAAUGGUCUAUAUGCUAUGUAUAAAUGAUGAUUAAACAUUAAUAUAACUAUCUGCUUACCAUUCAUAAAUGGUCGUUUUACCAUUUAUAAGUUAUGGUUACAGUAAAGUGUCACUGCCUCUCCAACAGGCAAUUAGCUUGGGAUUAUUAUUGGAUAUCACUCAAACUAUAUUUAAAAGGAUAGUAGGCUUUUCUGAAUUUUAGAUAUCAAUGCACAUGUUUGAUCUUUUCCAUGACACUUGUGUCAUCUCCAAACCUGAACAAUCUAACACAUUCUUCUCUUUUCACUGCAGAUUUUACGCCGGGCUGACAAGAAUGGUGAGUAAGCUAAAGAAGCUGCUAAUGAGAUGAUACGGCUAAUUAAAACUCAAUUAAAACUCUUUAAAGGAGUGGUUGCACACUAAAUUAGGAUGCAUCAGUGGAAAUACAGAGCACAGCUUUGAUGGAUCUGUUUAGACAGGCGGCCUGUUAUGGCUGUGGGGAGAUUUAUGUGACCCUGAUGAAACUUUCUGAUGUCUCUCUGCUGUUUGUGACAGAUCCAGGCAAAAAAAAAAAAGAUAUAAGUAAGCAAAGAUCAGUUGCAGGUGCAUCUCUGUUGACAUCUGAAUUGUUGAUUUGAACUAGUUGAAGCAGCAGGUGUAUCAUGUUACUUUCACUGGUAUACACUGAUAGAGCAUGUGUUUAUGUAGUUGUUUCUUGAUGUACAGUAAAUGUGUUCUCAGCAUUGGCUUGCUUUUGUUGCUUGUGAACACUUUUUAAACCCCCAAAUGGUGAAAACUCUCUUGAGGCUUGAACUUCAUAUUUACUUCACUACCCCUGCAGACAUGUCAUGAUUAUAUUUCAUUAAUGUGUUACAAUGUAGAAUUUAAAUCCUCUUUUUUACUUCAAAGGAUUCCCUCUCCUCAGUAUCUCCCGGGGAAACACAAAUCAUAGAGCUCUGCAUAAAAAACUGCACUGACAAACAGGAAAUGUUUCCGCUGUUAAUUUUUUAUUCAUGAAUUGCAUCUCCUCUUAAUGGACUGCAAAAUGCAAAAAAGCCAGGAGAUGAAUCCAUGUAGCAUGUGUACAAACUCUGAUCAGUUUCCUCAGGAGGGUGGUGGAUGUGUUAUGUAAGAGCAGGAUUAAUGAUGCAACAUGUGCCGCCAUGAGCAGGGGUUGUCUGGGGUGCCUCGUGGCUCUUACCGAGAUAUUUAGGUACCAAAAAACCCCUCUUGCGAUUGUGAAUAAUGAAAGAGCCCUGGGAAUGUGCUUUUUCUUUGUGGCUGUUGUGAAGAAACUGGAGGAGGUAAAAGGAAGGGUGGGUGGUUUUUAUCAUUUCAAGUCUUGUUUGAGAUGAUUAUUCUGUGAAUUAAUGGAAAAACAAAGUGUCUAAGAGCACAGCAGGGGUGUGACGUUCUGAUGGAAAUAGAUGUUGACUGUCUUGCAGUUUAGUUUUCAUAUUCAGUUUUUGUGACGUCUACGUCUUGUGCUCCACUUUUCCUCUUGCUGCCCUCCAGUACUCACACCAAGCUUUCAUUUUUCACUCUUUGAAAUGGGAGGGAAUAGAAAAGGGGUGAAAAAACUCUGUCACUUGUUUGUUGUGGUAGUUAUCUUCAGUAUGCAGCCGAGCUCUGCUCGCUUCUUGUCUUCACGAACUUACUGAAUCGUGCACCCGAGAGGGAAAGUGCCUCCUACCAAUCAGCACUGAGUGGGCUGCCAUGAUCCGCCUCGAGCACUGCGGAUUUACCACAUAAUGAGGGCUGGCUACCAACCCACUACACUCCCAUUCCUCUGCGCUAUUGUGAUACUGAAGCAUAAGACAAUUGCACAUUUUUUAGAAGAUGAUUGCAGGAUCCAGGAAAAAAGAACUGUGUCAACAGGAAAAGCUGAAUCUUUGUCACAAGCCUGGAUUUGUAGUUCAAUUUGUUUGCCCCUUGACUCACCAGCUCAAUUCUCCUUAUAGAACACAGGCCCUUUUAUUGUAGUUGCUCCCAAAUGAUUUCUGAUUCUUGUAUGACUUUUGUUAAUGGAAACAGUUUCCAUUCACAAGUGCAUGUUGUGGUUUUGUGUUUUCUAUUCAAACACUGAUGGGAAAAAUCACAGUGAGCUUUCCGCCUCAGGUAUUUUUUAAUUAAAGCUGCAUUCAGCGCUGUAGCAGAAUCCUCACAGGAUGCAGGGAUGUGAAAAAGAGCUGCAGCUCAUUCUUGAAGUAAAGGAGCAGAAGCAGAGAUCUGGCUGUUAUUUAGCAUGCUGGCUGACUGUUUAAAGAAGAGUAGUUACAUCAGUAAUUCCUGAAAUAAAAAAACAACAUAUCCAUAUGAUAACUUUUGCUUCAAUUUUGAAACUAACUUCACAUUUUUUGUCAUUUAAAAAAGAUAAAAGUUCAGAUACUGUACAUCUCUCUCCACUGUUUCCCUUUCAGUUGAGUUCACUGUUGUCUCUGUGUGCUCCUCAAUCUUUUGUUAGCUGUACUAUUAUCAAGAAUUGCUCUCUGUUGGGCUUUAUGAAUUAUUGCUGCUGCUUAGGUCUAAGCACUAUCAGCUUUAGUAUCCCCUGGAGGAAAACUGUUCUUGGACAGAUACAAGCUUCAGAAUAGGGAGAGAUUUUCAUUCAGGUCACUGUUGCACUUAUAUUUACAGAGACAAUUACAGCGAGUAAGGAGCCUCACCUUUGCAAAAAGAUACAGAUUUAUCAUCAGCGUGCUGCACUUUAAAUUCUCCUGCAGAAGUGUGGUAUUGACAGUUGUUAGUCAAAUAGCCUGUGGUUCAGUUGUGGCAAGUCGUGCUUGUUAGUUUCUAAUGUGUUAGAAACGAAUUGUAUGUGCAGCUUUUUUUCUUUACUGAACAGAACGUGUCAUAUUUAUUUGAUGAAUAGCUAAAAUGAUUAAUCUAUAAACCUUCAAACAUGCACAAUAAAAAAAGCCUGCUGGUCUCAACCUUUAAUAUGAAGUUCAUGAGCUCUUCUUAAUUCCCUAUAACUUAAUUCCCGAUAACUCUUCCCUAUAACAACAUUCAUGUUUAACAGGGCCAUGGCUUUUGAAAAUUUUAGACAUCAAAACAUUGUUCUGGCAAGAUUUUUAAAAAAAGCAUGAGUCAAAUUGUCUAUAAGCAGAAGCUCAACCAGUUUAACGUAAGUCUUUGAGAAACGCUGACAUUUGAAACCAUCUGAGCUUCACUCAGGCGUCCAAUUGGGUGUGAAUCUUCACCAAAGCAGUUUAGAUAGAGAGAGAGAGGGCCAGAGAGUGAGUCAGAGGAGCAACAGAUCGUGUUUACUCCCACAUCAUGUGAAAAGACGAAUUUCUCAGCAAAGUUUGAGAAAGGACUUCAAAUUCUGUCGCCUCAAAUAGCUUUAUCUUCCAGCUCAGGUUUCACAAGGUUAAGACAGAACAAAUGUUCACAAAUACAGAUUUUCAACUUAAAGCAACAGUGGGUGAGACUAAGAUUGAUUUAUGCGCAAGUUGAUGAGAGAUUAUUAAGUAUUCCUCUUUCAUUUUUUUCUAUUUUCCCCAUUUCAAAUUAAGGUGUUAGAGAGGAAUCAGGUCAUAUUUUACUUAUCCACCCUGUUGCUCUAGCAUUUUUGCUCAUAGUCCCAGAGCCCUCUAAUCAAAUAGAUCUUCAGUGGUCCUCUGUGGUCCUUUUACAUGAUUUUUAUUCAAUGUAAAUUCCCCUGAAGUCAACUCUCAAGCUUUGUCUAAUCAUUAGUUAAAAAGUGAACAGCAUAAACAUGGAAAACCUUUCACUUUGAUGAAAUAUUAUGAGGUAAACACAGACUAAAAACUGCUUCAAUCCAAAUGAAAUCUGUUCAUGAAAUUUGGCUCACAAGAGUUUAUUGCAAAUGCAUCACGUACAGAUUCUGUGUGAGCUGGCAAUAAGUCAAAAAAAAGUUCUUCUUCACUAGCGAAGAUAUGAUUUCCUGUUGGCUCAGGCCUGUUAGUCUGAGCUCUAUUGCCUGGCAGGGAUUUCAGAGUCGAGUCUCAAAAGGUUUUAGUGCUUACAGAGCAAAGCUGGUGAGAUGGAGGUGAAAUCUCAUUAUCAUCUAGAGUUUGUGUGAUAUUGAGCUCUACUCUGACUAUCCAAAGUAGCCCUCAGUCUUCUUCCUCUUAUUUCCUCUGGGCCUUGAAUGCCUCACAUUGUGUAGCCCUGAAGCUGCUGAUCAGAGGCUAAAUGCUAACCCUUACCAGACAUUUGUUUUGUGUUUAUCCUCUGCACUGUUGUUAAGUAUACACUGGUAUAAGAUUGGUUGCUGUGGAACUUGUCUUUAUGUGGUUGUUCCGUGUAUUUAGGAAAAGGAGAAGUUAAUUGAAACAGAAAUAGUAACAUUGGCUCUAUUAUUUUUCCAAGGUUUAAGUGGAAAGUGCAAAAGAGAAGCAAUAAAACCUCAGAGAGUAGAAUGUGAGAAAGGUUAAUUAUUAUUCAAGGAGCCAAAACCAGAUUCGACCAAUAAUUGAUUGUUUGUUGCAGUAAUGGAGUAAGAUAGGAAAGACUUCUCUUAAAGGUUUUACUUUCACAGCUAACAAGCGCACAUUUUCAGUCUGUGUUAUCUGAUUCAAAGCUGUCGUUCAUAGCUUUUAGGGACAUACAUUCACUGUUUUGGAUCUAAAUAGGCUUGUUUUAGGAUUUUAAAUGAUGGACAACUUUUCAUCAAGGUGAUAGAACACCCCAGAGUUUAGUGAGGUGUGAUUUUCACAGCUUUGCUCCCCCUUGCAGAUGACGGGAAGCUGUCCCUGGAGGAGUUCCAGUCAUACUUCACUGAUGGUAUCCUCACUGACGAGCAGAUGCAGGAGCUGUAUUACUCCAUCGACAGACAGCAGACAGAGUAAGCUCAUCUUUCCCCUGGAAGUCCUCCAAAUCUGCUGCCAUCUGCAGCCCCUCCUGCUCUCCUGCUGCCUGCAGUGAGACAUCACCACCUCACUUCGCUGAAGAGAACGUCAAUACCACACAGAGAGCUUUAAUUUCUGCUAUGACGUCCCAGAGUUUGCAUGACUCCGUGUGCACACACACUGUCAAGUACAAAUAACAUUUUGAAGUGUGUAAAUGUUUGUGCCACCGGCAGAGACAGAAAUAGCCACUGAAAUGACAAAAAGAUUAGACUGUUUGCAAAGUGCUGGUAUAAAUAUUCCCAUCUUUUAUGUAACAUGUUUUUCCGUUGUUUUCCCCUUGCCUAUCAGCAACCUGGACAUAGACAAACUCUCAGGUAAUCAGAGGUCAUUCCUGCUUGUUUUCAGUGGGUUUAAACCUUACCUUGUAAGAUCCUGUUGCAUGUGUCACAAAACCUUGACGUUUAUGGUUUUAUUUGUUUCUACUGCUCCAGUCCCAGGGGCUGAAGUUUUUGGCUCACCACUAAUAGGUGCUCUGAUCAGUUUAUAUUAAAAAUACUUAACAAAUCCUUUUCUCCUCCAGCAUACUUCAGUCCACAUCUGGGAGAAUAUGUCAAUGUCCUCUCUGCUCUGGAGAAGCUGAACGUUGCCAUUUUGGAGGCCAUGGAUAAAACUAAAGAGGUGAGGCUCCUAACAUGUCUGCACUGUGCUGAAUUUUGCAUGUCGAGAUAUCGUGUAAUUGUGACAACAAAAAGACCAUCAUCCAUUCCAACAGCUUUGGGGACAUUUGUAAGAAUCCUUCAUGCCUCUGAGUGUUCAGACAGACUUUUUUGUUUGUGCCUCGGCUGUCAGUCUAAAACCCUCCGAGAGGUCUUUGAGAUCACUCUGCUGUGACGGUGAGGGAGAAAAGAAAGAGAGAGAGAACUGUACAGCUGACUGAUUCUGCCUGCUGUACUUGCUCUGUCUCUUUCAGUCUUUUCGCUAACAACACAUUUCCAGACAUCAGCUCAAUGAACCUCACUCAGACCUCUCCUGAUUGGCUGUAAAGCUGUGACCAUACAAAGACUUGAUUAUCUGUUUGUUAGUUUUUUUCAGUAUCGUAAUGUUGUAAACCUUAAAACGUGUCCGAAUAGUAAAUACAAAUAUUUUUCACAAGCCCAGGGUGACAGCUUCACACUGUUUGAUUAGUCUGGGGCUGGGCAACAUUCAACCUAUGCAGCCAUGCCAGCGGCUCUGUGAAUACUGAAGUCGUUAACUCUAAUGCAGCUGUACCAUGCUUACCAUGUUAGUUUAACAUGUUGAUGUUUCUGUUAUAAAUUAUACAAACUUAUUGUGAUAAAAGUUUAAGUCAUGACCAUGAAAACCUAAUUUUUUGGCUAUCCAUUUAACAGACUGGACAGUCAAACAGAGCAAAAAAUGGAUUCAUCAUUAUGGCAAUACAAAUAUGUGUGUAAUGGUAACACUACUGAAAGUAAAAGAGAGGUAACAGGCUGGUAAUCGUUUCCAUCAAGAUUUGUUGCUGCGACUACUAUAGCUGAUUUAAAAGAAACACAAACCAAGUAGCUUAUGGAAAUGAAAAGAACAAAAACCCUUACAUUUAAGAAAUUGGGACCAAGUUAUCUAUUUUUAUUGUUGGUCUGUUGCCAAAUCAAACAAAAGAAAAGGCAAGUUUGAACACUCAAGCUGAGCACUGAAUCAAAUUCUGUUCAACAGAAAAACGCUAUUUUUUUUCCAGUAACCACAGGCUCUGUAACUUUUCAAAUACAUGAAUAAUUUAAUAUGUACUUUCAAUCAUGAACCAUGAAAAAGAUUGCCCCUAUUGCAUAUUGCAUGUUAUUACUGUUUUAAAGCUGCCAAUUUUUUUAUCAGGUGAAGAAGUAGUCUGAAACUAGAAUUGAUUAUUUUUAUGACACAAAAGCAAAGAAGACCAUAAACACAGGGAGACUACUUUUAUAUUGUUAUCUUCACAUCUACAACUACUACAUAGGGGGCAGGUGUCAGGAGAAGUGCAUUUGUGCAGCUGUCAAAAACACUUUUUUUCUCCAACUGCAAGUGUUCUGAAUGAGUGAUAAACCUGACUGAUAAAGAAAGCACGAUGAGAUUUUCCCACAGGGCCCCCAAAAAUAAACUCACACCAAAAGCUCCUCACAAGAGCUUUAACUUAGGCUUACAUUUUUUUCCCUUAAAACAGUGUCGGAUAAUGAGCAUAGUGAGAUGUCAACACCAAUGUUGCAUACCGUUGGUAUUCCCUUUAAAUUUAGGAGAGAUCAUAGUGCUCGACUCAGAGGGUGAAUUCUCUUACAUGUGUUUCCAGCUAAUUUGACAGAGAAUGUCAUCCAAUCAUCAGCUUUGAAGAACUGUGAAACCUGCUAAUUAGAGCGUUAUGAAAUCCUGUUAUGAAGCCUGGUUGAGCAGAGCCGUGUACUGUAUAAUCCACAAGAUGCAGAGAGGAUUAAAGUGUCUGGCCUUGAUAUACAGGCCUGAAUAAUCAGGCAAACACCCAAGAGAUCAACAUGAACAAACCUCCACUCAGAAAUCUAUGGCUCAGAUCACUUUUUAUCGAUCUCACCUACCUUAGGAUCCAUGUAGAGCCAUCUGGUGAGUAUUUAGACGAUUUGCUGAAGAUAGAGACUCAGGUAUGGAUUUUAAAUCCAGAUGAAUGAGGAUGCAGACUCACGAUAAAGUUGUUUUCUGCAGUAUGCAGUGACUGCAUAGCAGGAAGUGGGUGUAACUGAUGAUAUUAAAAGAUAGGACAUAGGGUAAUAGUAGAGCGUGGCUGACAGUAACUGAGGCUGGCAAACCUCCCAGUCGUCAGACUCAACUCACGUCAUGUCCUCCACCCAAAUGCACCACAAACACGCAGCCAUUUUUUCAGCUGCCUCAACCUCCUUCUCUUUUUUCUCAUCUUUUCUGUUCCUUUUCCAAUAUCAAGAUACUCUCUUUCCCUCAUUUACUUUGUUUCUGUCUACAUCCAUCUUCUAUUCUUUGUAAUCUAGUCCAGCUCUUCUCUCCUCAAUCAAUCAAUCAAUCAAAUUUUAUUUAUAUAGCGCCAAUUCACAACAGUCGUCAUCUCAAGACGCUUUUCAAGGAACAAGAGCAGGUCAGGACCGCGCUCAUUGUUUGAUGAUCAAGAACCAACCUAAGAUGGGUUUUGGCCCAUCUCAACUAACAUGAGUAGCAGUGGCAAGGAAAAACUUCCUUUUAACAGGCAGAAACCUUGGGCAGGACCAGACUCAUGCUAGACAGCCACCAUGCCGCUGCUGGGUUGGGGUGGAAUGUAGAGAGAAGAGGGGAGAGGAGGAGAGGACAGGGGAAGGGAGAGAGACAGCAAGAUAGGGGAAAGGCGAGAGAGAAUUAGUACGGAGAGGGAGGGGGAGGGAGAGAGAGUAGGGAAUGAGGGUGAGAGAGAGACAGGAGGCAGCAGGAACAACAGCAACAACGACAACAGCUCAUGUAAUGGUGAAACAAAAGACGUUCAGUUUACAGGUUUAGGAUAUGAGUGAUAAUGGACAAUGUUGAAUUAAUUGAGUGUGAUUACAGUUAGCAGGCUUAAUCGUAGUCAGUUCUAUUUUGUAUGUCAAUAAUGACAGUGAGGCUGAUGUUCAUGUCUGCAGUAACAGUAACAGCAACAGUCCAGAGGAAUCAGAGAGAACAAGGAGCUCGGGGGGGGGGGGGGGGUCCACGGAGCCAAAGAGAUGGAGGAGCUCAGGGCCCAGGAUGGAUGCAGCUGGGGUCAGGCAGUUCCGCAGCAGACCGUUUGCAGCAUUAGUCCAGUGGCAGCUAAAAGACUCAGAGACACUCAGAGAGACAGAAAACUGGUCAGUGACUUAUAUGGGACAUAAAGAUCUAAAGAGGAGAUAGAGACAGACUCUAGCUCAGUGUGCCAGAUAGCCCCGGCAGUCUAGGCCUAUAGCAGCAUAACUAAGAGCUGGUUCAAAUCAGCCCUGACUAUAGGCUUUAUCAAAGAGGAACGUUUUAAGUCUACUCUUGAAAGUUGAGAGUGUGUCUGCCCCCCGAACCUCGAGCGGUAAAUGAUUCCAGAGGAGAGGUGCCUGGUAGCUGAAAGCUCUUCCUCCAACACUACUUGUAGAGACAUUUGGUACAACGAGCAGACCUGCAGACUGUGAGCGUAACGGUCUAGAUGGAAAGUACGGUAUAACUAGCUCGUCGAGAUAUGAUGGCGCCUGGCCAUUAAGCGCUUUAUAUGUCACAAGGAGGAUUUUAAACUCAAUUCUAUAUUUAAUAGGGAGCCAGUGAAGAGAGGCUAAAACAGGGGAGAUGUGCUCCCUUCUACUAGUUCUAGUCAAUACCCGAGCUGCUGCAUUUUGGACCAGCUGAAGAGUCCUUAAUGACUUACUAGAGCAGCCUGAUAGGAGAGAAUUACAGUAAUCCAGCCUAGAGGUAACAAAGGCAUGGACUAGUUUUUCUGCAUCGCUCUGAGACAAUAUGCGUCUAAUUUUUGAGAUAUUGCGCAGGUGGAAAAAGGCUGUCCUAGAAAUUUGUUGAAUGUGGGAGCUAAAAGAUAAAUCCUGAUCAAAUACAACUCCUAGAUUACGCACAGUGGGGUUGGAUGCCAGGCUGAUACCAUCAAAUGUAGCUAAAUUACUAGAGAACGCCUCUCUAAGGUGUUUAGGACCGAGGACCAGAACUUCAGUUUUGUCUGAGUUGAGCAUUAGAAAGUUAUUGGUCAUCCAGGAUUUUAUAUCUUUGAGGCAGGCUUCUAACCUGGCAACCUGGCCUGCUUCCUCUGGCUUUAUGGAUAGGUAUAGCUGGGUGUCAUCUGCAUAACAGUGGAAAUUAAUCGAAUACUUCCUCAUAAUUUUACCCAGCGGAAUCAUAUACAGGGUGAAGAGGAUUGGACCGAGCACUGACCCUUGCGGCACACCGUAGCAGACUUUGGUGUGUGCAGAGGAUUUAUUAUUUACAUUGACAAACUGGGAUCGAUCUGUUAGGUACGAUUUAAACCAGGAGAGAGCUGAUCCUGCUAUGCCUAUAGAUUGUUCUAGUCUCUGAAGCAGGAUGGAGUGGUCAAUUGUGUCAAAUGCUGCACUAAGAUCUAACAGGACUAGAACAGAGAGAAAACCAUUGUCUGAGGCCAUGAGUAGGUCAUUUGACACCUUUAGCAGAGCAGUCUCUGUGCUGUGAUGGGUUCUAAACCCAGACUGGAAAUCCUCUAAUAAACCAUUGUUAUGGAGAAAAUCACAGAGUUGAUUCGCAACAACUUUCUCUAGGAUUUUAGAAAUAAAAGGAAGGUUGGAUAUUGGUCUAUAGUUAGCUAGGGAGCUUGAGUCUAGAGUAGGUUUUUUAAGGAGAGGCUUAAUCAAUGCAGUCUUGAAAGACUGGGGAACAUAUCCUGUUAAUAAAGACGUGUUAAUCAUUUUGAGCAGGGACGUACUAAUCAAAGGAAGAGUUUCCUUCAGCAAUUUAGAUGGAAUUGGGUCUAAGAGACACGUCGAUGGUUUGGCUGCUAGCACCACUGACUUUAACUCAGGAAGGUCAAUAGGUACAAAAUUACUAAGGUGCACCAGAGGCCUUAGGGGCUCCUCAACAUUUUUAGGGUUAUCUGAGAGAGAGACACUUGAUGGAGUCAAUAGGUUACUAAUUUUACCUCUUAUUUUUAAGAUUUUAUCAUUGAAGAAGCUCAGGAAGUCAUUGCUGCUAAGGGCUAAUGGGAUACAUGGUUCAGUGGUGCUCGGACAGUCUGUCAGCCUGGCUACAGUGCUGAAGAGAUAUCUGGGGUUAUUCUUAUUUUUCUCAAUAAGAGACGAGUAGUAGGUUGUCCGAGCAAGUCGUAGGGCUUUCUUAUAUUUAUCGAGACAUUCCUGCCAGAGAAAACGAGCUUCAGCUGUUUUGGAGGAGCGCCAAAUCCUUUCACAUUUUCUUAAUAACUGUUUCAGCUCACGGGUUUCAGCAUUAUACCACGGGGCUAGCCUCUCGCGUGUAAUAGUUUUCUGUCGAAGAGGGGCAACUGAGUCUAGAACUGAUCGCAGUGUGCCUGAGGUAUCAUCAACAAACUGGUCGAGUUGCAAGGGACUGAUGUUUAAAUAUGAGCUAUCAGUAAAGUUUUUCUCAACUACAGAAUUUAGAGCAGACGGAAUUACCUCCUUGAACUUAGUAACAGCAUUUUCAGACAACCUUCUAGUUAGCACGAAUUUGUUGUGAGGAGAGUAACCUGAAAGCACAAAUUCAAAAGUUACUAGACAGUGAUCUGAUAAUAGAGGAUUUAAUGAGCUGACUAACAGGGCAUCAGUUUCGAGGCCAUAAGCCAGGACGAGAUCGAGAGUGUGGUUAAAGCAGUGCGUAGGUCUAUGUACACACUGUGUAAACCCAAUUGAAUCUAGCAAGGACCGAAAAGAAAUGCUUAGGCUAUCAUUUUCCACAUCUAUGUGAAUAUUAAAGUCACCGACGACGAUGACUUUAUCUGCGAGAAGGACUAAUUCGGAUAGGAACUCUGAGAACUCUGACAAAAACUCAGAGUAUGGGCUCGGAGGGCGGUAAACUAUAGCAAAUACCAGUGGUCUCAUGGACUUUGAGGCUGGGUGCUCUCCUUGUCCUUUUCCCCUUCUCUCAAGGAUCCUUUCUUUCCGACAGAUUAUACAAUUUUUAUGUUACUCUUAGACAAAGGUUUUUUUUGCCCUAAAGCACAGAUUCACUUUUUUUUCCAUCCUGAGAACAAUUCUUUAAUUCCUGUUGUGAUGCAAAACACAACAGUGGCCCUGCAUCAAUUCUAAAUGGGAAAUUCAAUAAACAGAAGUAAACAGAUCAUAUCUGCAGUGCUGUUAGAGCUCCCUUGUCUUUGUCUUGAACAUUACAGGGAGGAGAAUUUAAGGAACGAUCUGAGGUUUAUUACUCAUGUUGUGCAGCAUCUCUUCUCACAGUGAUAAGGGUUCUGACAAGCUCUGAAAUAAUAUUUCUACCCUCCUCCUGUCAUUUUUCAUGAACUCUGUUUCACUGCAGCACAGUGUGCUGGAUAGUGUGACUGGCUUCAUUAUCCACAAAAACAUAACAAGCAAAUAAACAGUGGCCACAGCACUGACACUGGACAAAAGGUCCCUGCAAACAGGCACCAGUCCUCCAUGCAUUAUCAUAACACCACUCUCAUGUUAGUGAAGUACACCAUCAUCACUGCUGUGAGCUUUGCAUUAAUCAGCUCUUUCACUUAUGUGCAUAGUAGCAUGUUCACACCAUGCAUGCUUUUAGCAGGAGAUGGUGUUAUUCCAUUUGGCUCCUCUGAAUAAAGAAGUGCAAUCAGAGGCUGCAGAAGCUGUAACAGAUUAUUAAAGCUCUCAUUCUACUUCAACAAGGGGAGUAAGGAUGUAAUAUUGCCAAAUCAUAAACAACCUCAAAAUAGAACAUUAUAAGAAGAUGAUAGAUCAUCUGAGCAUCAGUAAUUUCAUGCUCAGAAAGCUGAACUCACAAUUGAUUUGCAGCUUUUCCACUUAGUGAUUUCAGUGUUAGAUUAACAGCCCAGAAGCUCCAGAGACGUGAGAACCAGCAUUAUGUUAAUCAGUUUUUGAACAAAUGAUCUAAAACAUUAUCAUUUUCUUUUCCUGUGACUGAAAGGGGAAUGAGAGGUGUUUUAUUUCAGGUUUUUCAAGGAGGAUUUUUCUGAUCAACUUCCUGUCUGAAACUGAAAAACAGGGGAGUAGGAUUUGGCUGGUGAAUUUUAAUACCAAAGAGUUUUAGUUUUUCAGUUAACUCCUUAACACAAGGCUAUUACUGGACAAGUUAUUAAACAUUACUGCCUUUUCUGAUUUAAGGUACAUGAAAACCUUCUGGCAUUAUUUUCUUGCCUCACAAUUAGAGUAGCUGAGCUUAAAAAAAUAUAUUAUGGUUGCAAAGUCCGUUCAUCUACUCCUGAGAAAUAAUUUUCUUGGACGUUUAUGUAUUAUUUCCUUUUCUUUCUUUGCCCAUGCAGGAGUAUCAGGGCUCAUCAGUGCUGGGUCAGUUUGUGACCCGCUUCUUACUGAGGGAGACCUCCACCCAGCUGCAGUCCCUUCAGUCUUCUCUGGAUUGCGCUAUGGAGGCUGUUCAUGACCAGGGCUGCACAGUGAGGAGAGUAAUAAAGAAGCCAGAGGAUCUGCCCAUCCAGAGGGUGGCCAAACGCCCCAGCCGGCGCAUCCAGAAGAACAUGUGUCUGUCCCCUACUGACCCCUACUCUGGCAUGCUCACCACAGGUACUACACAAUAGAGACAAAAUACUUAAGGGUCAUGUGAUGAUGCCAGAAAUAAGACUCCGUAAUUGAAUUCUGGAGGGCAUGUUGCUGCUGUCUGGCUCAGGAGGAAGCUGACAGCUGGUCAUCUAAAAAAUCCUGAUUGAUUUGGGAAUUGAUUGAUUUUUUUUGUCCCCCAAGGAGCAAGUCGAUUAUUAAAACUCCACCAAUCUGCAUUCUUUAAAAUUUGAAGGCUAUUCAGACGUUUUUGUAAUGGUGUGCUGAUGUUGGCUUUACUUUUUCUUGGGUCAGGGGUCAGCGUAGAGCCGGACAACCACUGGGGCUCCCAGAUCAACCAGCUGGAGGAGCUUAUAGAUAAACUGGAGUGUGAGGUUUGUAUUAAAUCAAACGUUUAUACUUACAACCCCAAUUCCUAAUCUCUUCUCCACAGCACAGUAUUAGAUGAUUUGCAACUCAAAAGUUAUACUAAUCUUACAUUUGAAAAGACAGGAGUUGUAUCCAAAGGAUGUGCCAUAAACAUACAGAGCCUGGAAGACAAUUAGAGCCUGAUCUACUAAAGGUUUGCGUGUGCAAAAACACAUGCAAACCUGAUCUACUAAGCGGGUGUACCAAGGAUUGCAUUUGUCAAAUGAGCGAAACACGACGCAAACGAUUUAGCAUGUUUGCCUUCAUGAAUAUAUAGAAUGUAUGUAGAUCAUCAGAUCUUGCAAAAUUCUGGGAGGAGCAGAUGCAAAUAGAAUCAUUUAGCACUCGCAAUGGGAUUUAUCAAAUCCAUAAACCGAUUGCGGUUGCUGUUUUGUGUCUAUAUUUAGCAAGUUGGAAAGGCAAGUACAAACUGGCACAGCAUUACGCACGGUCAUUGUGGGGAGAAGGAGGCAGAAGUGCAAUGAUAGACAAUGGAGAGUGACAGUCUUCUCUGUGUGUGUGUCAACAUGUUUGGCCUCCCAGAAUAUAAUAGAGUAAUAGUAACAGUAAUGCCAUUUUUGAGUUGCAGGGUGACCCAAGGGCUGCUUUGGAGACAGUAACAAAAAUGAUCCAUGCCAUAUCAUUGAAAAACUCUUUGUAACAUUGCAUUUUCCUGCAUCUGACGUUUUUGUAAAUAAUAAGGUCAAACACGGAACACAAGAAAGAAUUAAAUGUCUGUUUUAUUGGCUCUAAAUUGUUUGAAUCCCUUUUUUUAAUUCCAAAUAUGUUUAUUUUCAUCUGUAAAGCACUUUGAAUUGCCUUGUGUAUAAACGGUGCUAUACAAAUAAACUUGCCUUGCUUGCCUUUUAUGCAGUUCCCCAAAACGAUAUGUGCAACUCCAUGGCUUCAAACUUUAUUUUUCAUCAAUGAUAAGUCUGCCCUUACAAACUCUCCACAGUGACAGCCGAUAGCGCACACAAAAUCACAUUUAAAGAGGGUGGUCUGCACCCAUAGUAGACCAAUGCAAUGAUUGUAGAUCACCCCCAACACGCCCACUAAUAGCAUGUGUAAUUUUUUAGUUUGCACACACAGUUUAGCGUUCGCUAUCUGGGAUCUUCGUAGAUCAGGCCCUUAAUGUGUUUUCAGACACAAAGUUUGCUCUGGGUUCAGGAUCCAACAUAGUGUUGAAGGGGAGGAUGAUCCGUGCAAAGAGGGUGUGUUUGUAUGUGUGUAGACAGGACAUUGAGAGAAAAGUUGCAGCUCGCUGUUUAGAAACAUCAAAGAGAUUUUGAUGUAGAACUGACUUAUAGAUAAGACCUGUGAUAAGAGAUGUUGUUCAGAGAUGUUUGGAUGUGCUAUUAGAAAAAUAAAGCCAAUAUUUUUGCUGGAGAUAUGAUGAAGGGCAAAAAUAGCUCAAGUGUGCGAUUGAGGGGAUUUAUUUCAGAUUUCAUGUUUGCAAACAUCAAAAAUUUUAAAGCUUCAACCAGAAAUAAAGACGAUGCCAAUGUUGAGUCCCUGUUCUGCAUAGAUAAUGUCAUCUGGCUAAUAUAUUAAUAAUUACAUUUCUUAUCUCUGCAAUGCAGACGGGAGUUUGUACAAAUACAUCGGCCUUUGCUGAUGCAUUGUAACAAAGUGUAACUAGAGGCUGCACUUAACCAGAUUCCUAUAAACCUUUUCUACAGCUAAAUCUUGUCCAGCUGAUUGCUUACUGAAAAAAUUGUGUGCCCAUUUUCAGAGCCCACACCUUGAACCUCUUAAAGAGGACACAUUGGCAGGGACGUAUAAAUCGGUGAGUCCAAGUGUAAUCAAAGGUGAAUGUGCAGGAUCAAACACAAAGUCAUACAUCAUACAUUAAGUUUCGGUGUCCAUUUGUCAAAUACUUUGGAAAAGCUGGGUGUAACGUUGUUUGAAUCCAGCAAUGAUCUGUUUUCUCUUCCCUCUGUAGAACAUUCUUCUGGUCCAGAGGCAAAUGUCAGUGAAGGAGAGGGAUGUGGAGCAGUUUCAACAAGCUCUCAAAAUCUACACAGAUGCCACCUGCAGCGAGCUAGACAACCUGCAGUACGUCCUUUGUCUGCCUUUGACUUCACUUGUCUCUGGAUUCCCCUGUGACUUAGUGUAGCUGCUUGGAUUUCCAAAACAUAUCAAAUAACCUCACCGCCCUUCUCCUCCUCUCUCUCUGUUUUCUUUCUGAAGUGUUUCAGUCCAGAACUUGCCAGACAGAUCAUGCUUCAUCAUGUAUGAAUUUUGGCAGGACCGUCUCUCCUGGAUGAGGUAGGAUCAGAGGAGCUUCACAGCACCUAAGACAGGGAAAUAAGUGCUGAAAUUUUUACUGCUGAACCAAACACCAAGCUGCUCACAGGCUCUCUUUGAAGUUUUAUUGCUCUCCUGAGAAGUGAAUGGCAGCCUCAUGCUUUUCAUCUCUCUCUCUCCUCCCAGCUACCUGCAGUCAUCCAUCAGUAAGACCUUCCAGCGAUGCAUUAUUGACACGCUGGAAGAACCUGAGAUGGUCUCCACUAUGCUCCUCCCAGGUACAAACCAGACAGCAGACAUUUAUAGAGGUGUUUGUCUGAGUGAAAAACUGGCUUUGCUAUUUUCAGGUUUGAUAUCCAGAGUAAUCACAAGUGUCAUAUAUCAUAUUCUUUACUUUACACCAGUGACUUACUUAACUACAGUCAGCCAGUUUUUUCUUUCACUUAUUUCAGUAAAUCAUCUCAAAGAGACCCACUUAUCGUGCACAUUAUAUGAGCACUUGCCACUGCUUUUUGUCUAUACGAUCGUAAUGAAGAUGUCAGUCUUAGCCUGUGGGAAUGUGCACUGUGUAUAAAAUUCUUAUUUUGCUACAGCAGGAGUAAUAAAACGUCCAAGUGUCUUUGUCUAAGUUUUAAUUGUGUAAGAAGGGGCAACAAUACAGAGUACCUGCAGAGAAGCUCAGCUCACAGAGAGUCUUUGUACCUGAAAUUCACAAAAGGAGGGGUGAGACUCCCAUAGAGGAUGAAUCUGUACAGAAACAGUAGCCUACUGAAAGGAGCAAGAUACAUAGGGUUCACAUCAGGUUCACCUUGCUCUGCAAACUCAAAACAGUUGCAUAAUCACUUUUGUUGACAUGCCCAAUUCUCCUUUGCAAUUAUUCAGUAAUAAUUUAGCUAAAAUAGCGAUAAUAUAAUGUAUGAUAUAGCAUAAUAAGAGAAUUCUGUGUUUAUCAUAAAAAGUGGCACUACAGUGUCUCAGUAGCCAUCAUAUUUGGCCCUUGUUGCCAUAUUUUUCUUCUAGCUUGUUAUUUUUGUCUUUUCGUGGAUAGCCUUUCCCUUUUGACAAAAACUCAGAUACUGCAGGCUCUAUGUAUGAGACAUGCUGUACAUAUUUAAACUAGGGAGGCCAUAACUUUUUUCAUGGCAAAUUAAAACAAAUUUAUACUCUAUUAUAUUCAUAUUGAUUAUUUGUUGUGCUUAGGUAGCAGUAAACACUAAUGCUUAUUUCUUGUGUCCUUUAACAGCCUCUUGGUGGAUUAUGAACAACAACUGACAGUGUGAAGCUGCUGCUGUUCCACACGGUAAAAAGAAAGAGGAAGAGGAGAUUUUAUGAUCAUUUUUAUCUUUGACUUUCUUUUAUAUCCACCUAUUCUUCAUGGCAUGAUUAGGAUUGUUUUGUGAAAAUUUGCUCUGAGGUUAUAAAAAAAGACGACUGCUUGGAAAGAUUACUAAACACAGCAAGCAAGUCAAAUCUUUGGAGGAAGAAUUGAGGUAUGCAAUAUUUUAUGGUGUGAUCAGGAUCUGUGUCAAGAUAAAUUUGACAGUAUUGGCACAUGAUUUCGUCUGAGCUGAUGGAAAAGUAUGUGCAUGGUUUGUUAUUUCUUCGUGCUAGUUUAUUUUGAACAGAGCUACAUUUUAGAAUAGAUUAAGUGUCAGUGAUACCACAAAAUAAAAACACAUGAGAGACACCUGAUCAGUCCAUCCUUCACUUUCAACAUUUUUUCUUGAGUACAGACAAAAACAGAAACAGUGCUAGGAUGAUCCUGCAUUUCUCCUUGUUCUCUCUGUGGUAUUGUGCUUUGUUGUCUCAUCCAAAGCUUUGCUACCCUGUGUCUUUUUUGUUGUUGAUGGGGCAGACCGUUGUGGGGCUUAGUUAUCAGGAAUAAUGGUCCCCAUCUAAUUUUAUUAUUUAUGUGUCACCCCUGCACUUUUAGAAAAAACAUGAAACAAGGACCUAGAUGUGAAACAAUAUUUAUUCUAGACUGUCUAUGGAAAAUAUAGUUAAGUGCUGUUGUAAUAAGCCAAAAGCUGCAUUGAAGUGCGAUAAGACAGCAGAGACACAGGUCACCAAAUCAAUCUGCAGUCUGUCUGUACUGUUACUCUAGAAAUUAAAUUCAAAAGCCAUUAUUUUACAUUUGUAGUGUGUAAUCAGAAGACAUAAAGAUAAAGCACACACAAAUAAAAGUUUCUAUUUUGAGUACAGAAAUAAAGUAGAAGUUGUAGUUUAGAGAGUGUGUCUAUGAAGAUUGUGUACAGUAGUUAAAGAGAGCUGUAAGUUGUAAGAAAUAGUGGUAGAACAAUGCUAGAUGUACAGUAUGAUACUUUAUUAAGAUUUGGUUUCUUUGGUAAUGAGAGGGAUGAAUGUGGUCACUCUUCCUUUGAGGUGUUUAUCGUUUCUUUUAUGAAGACUUAAUAGAUGUUAUGUGAUGCUAUGUUUGUUUUUAUUGGCAUGUAAUAAAGUUCACAACACAAAGUGAAGUAUUGUUUAUCCCCUUGCUUCAUUUAGUGUUUAUGAAAGUGAUCUAAGAAGAAACAUACAUUUUUGGGGGAAAAUAUGUCACAGUUAUGUCUCCGUUACAUUAACACUCAGAUUGGUGAGAACCCAGAACUACAGUGAUUACUCCUCAACAGAAAACACAUGCAUCAUUUAAAUAAAUAAUGACAGUUAGUAGGCACUGAUGUGAGAGCAGCCUGAGGAGCAGCUGUAUAUAGAACAGACACCGUCUGCCUCCUUGCUGGGUGAAGCCACCGCCAGAACAGCACCCUCUGUUGAUGGGCUGCAGUAUAGGUCAUAAGUCCCGCCUCCUCCAGCAAUUCCUAUGGAGCUGUGGACAAACUUUAGAAAUUUAAUACACAGAACAUACAUUUUUCUCUCCCCUGCUUGCGAUGUUGACAUGUAGUUACUGUAAGACUGGUUAGUGCUCAAGUCCUCUUUUUUCUGUACAGCUCCAUUUUUAAAAGUUAUUAGGGGGUUCAUGUUUUCUAUGAUUGACUCUUGAUACAACCUAUGGGUGUACCAAGAUUGCGUAGCUCUCCUGUGAGAGUAGAGUUGCUGUUUGAGCCGAGCAUCAUCACAGCGACUCUUCCGCCGAAUGCGUACAAUGAUACUGCAAAAGUAGUGGUUCCAUGAAGUGGAGAAAAUCCAGGAAAUACUGAGAGCAAUUCGGCUUCAAAUUCAUAUAAUGAUGGAGGGCUGUAUAUAUUAUGGAGUUGUACACAGUAUAUACAGUCUAUGGUUUCAACAAUUUUCAACCAUAUUGAAUUGCCACUGGGAAUUGCACAGGAAAUAACGUUCUUCUUAUUCUUAUUUCUGAUAGAAGAAGAUCCUCCUGCAAUCCAGACAACAUGCAUCUUUUAGUGACUAGUCACGUUAGAAGUUGUGACAUUGCAUUUUUAUAAAUUUGAGGGAGUGUCCCCUGCAAAGUAAUGAAAAAGGAGAGCUCAAUGUCAACAUUUCUCUUUAUAAUGAUGAAAAGUUUAGUUAUUUUUUUAUUCAUUUCAUAUGGAAGCUGUUAAAGAUCAAGAAUGCCUUAAAAAUAUUACCUAUAGUACUUGAGACUAUAUUUUUUAGCUGCUAUUACAUUUUUUUUUAGAUCAAAUUCAUUUUUAAAUCAAUAUUUUGUGUCUACUUAUUAAUGUUUUUAGUUGGUAGCUUGGUAAAUAAUAUUCCAUGAACAGGUAAUUAUGCAAACUGGUAUCCCUUGAGGGUGAGGCAGGCCAACAAUGCAUCCAUUAUAUAUCUGGCUUAAAGCUCCUGUAAGGAACGUUGGAUUUGUGUCCAUGAUUUGAUUUGUGCACACUUUGCUAAUUAUGUAAUUCAGCAGUGUGUUCUGACAAGGAAUGUUAUCCUGCUGACUUUUAACAAGUUUAUCAGUUAUUAUGAAUAUCUUAGGCAUACAAUGUAAAACCAGGACUGUUUCUUCAGCUGUUUGGCUGCCACCUGCCCCCUCACAUCAAUUUCAGACAUCAAAAACUACAAUAUGGAAUUGCUAAACUUGCUCUGAUGGUCUUGUUGGCUUUCAUGUAUCAUAAAGACAUUUCAAUCUGAAUUUUGGUCUAUUUCAUUAAUGCCAGAAAAACCCUCACUGGGACUUUAAAGUGGCCCACUGUCCUGGGCAGCCACCCAAUAAUGUGUUUGUAUUUAUUAGAAACAUGCCAGUCUCUCCGAACUGUCAGUAAAAUCUGAAGCCUUUUUUUUUUCAUUUAUUUUUUACUGGAUUUAAUUCCUGACAUAUACAAGUGCAGUAAAACUGCAGGUGUGCAAGCAAGAAAACAAGAAAAAAAGGAGGAAAUAGUUUUUCUUUCUCACCUGAAAAAGACUGACAGUUUGAAAUUCUUUGAAAAUAUGAGCCUGUGAUAUCAAAAGCUGAACCCUUGAAAGACAUCUUACAAACAAUGGAGCAAUUUCAAACCCACAAUGAGUUAAAUCCUGAGUGGCUAGCUUAUAUUCACCUUUCAAAUACUGCUUUGUAAGCUGAUUCCUUUUAUUUUUCAAACGGCUCUUACUGAGGCAGCUUUUACUCUUUUCAGUUAAAGGUUAACAUAUGAUUUACUUUCAUCCAAGAGGCACCCAAAACAAUGUAGCUUCACUGCUGAAAUUUCUAUACCUCACUCUUUACUCUUUAAGAAAAUUCUUGGACAUAAUAUGUAAUCCAUAUACAGAGUAACAUACAAGGAUUCCCUUUGAGUAAAAUGAUGAUAUUGUUAUGUUCUUAUGCUUAUUAUCCAUAAGCGGAUAUUCAUACUCUUAUGGAUAUUAGGCUAAUAAAAUGCUUUACCUCAUCUUACAGUAGCUUUAAGUCAGAUCAGCCUGAGCAAGAGGAUCAUGUAUGAAUUCUAUUUACAUGUGUCACAUGACUGAAAAAACAUAAAAAAGCCUGGAAGCAGAGUAUUUCUAUCUGCUUGCCCAGAGAAACCCACUCUUGUAGGUCCCUACAGAGUUAGAAUUGAACACUGUUGAAGCCACAGAAAUUGUAGGAAGUGAAGAUGGUUAAUGCAUGAGGUAUUUCAUAGCUGCAGCCUCUGGAGGGAAGACAUUUUUCUGCCUUCAGACACACAGUGUAAUCCUUUCUUGCUGGUUUUUCCCCUAAGUGACAGAGGGGCUUCUACAGACAUGUUAAGGCCAAAAAACAGCAAGCUAUGUGUGCCAAAAAGGAUCAUUAAAUUCUCGGAGUGUGCACAGACGCAUCCAGGCAGGUCUCCAAUAUAUAUAAUAUGAGAUAUAACAGUCCUAGAAUUAACAAAAGCACUAUCCUGAUGCUUUAGUAUGUUUUGUCUUAUAACCUGCUUAGAAUUACAGGCUUUUCCACAGCAGACUGAGCAGACACAAAUAACUGUGAGGUGGAAAAGAGAGGGGAGAUCAGUCAAUAUAUAGAUUCAUCACACUGUGGGGGUAAAUGGAUGCCAUAUGUGAUAUUUGGCACCCUUUUAAAAUCAAGGCUUUUUUGUUUAUGAUGCAAAGUGCCACUGCAGCUAUCUGAUCAUUUAUAUGCUUGUGUGUUUCUGUAUAAUUAAAGAUAAGUGAUUCGACUACAUGAAGAUGGGGUGAGAGGAAAUGAACUAAAAAAGAGCAAAAAAAUAAAUAAAACUGAAAUGAAAAGAGGAGAGAGAGAAAGGGUGAAAUGGUGUGUGAAGAGACAGGGAGACAUUGUCAGUGGAAAAUCAGGGUCAGCUGUCAGGGCACAUUGAUGCCAAAAUAAAGAAAAAUCAUGUAGAAAGCCUGAACUCUGCUUUCCUCGAGAGACAACACAAACACACAGGCAGGAACACACAUCAGCAGCAUGAUUUGCAAUAAGCUAUAAGGUAACUGGAGGAUGGAUAGAGGAGGAGGAGGAUGUGGGAGGUUGGAGUAGAGGAUGCUGGGAACGCAGCUAUGGGCAGAGCAUCAUGUCUUGAAGCAUUUUUCAGGCCAGCUUAGUGACAGUCAAACAAGGAGCGAUUAGUGACGGCCUGAGGCACAAAUAUAUUUAUGGAAUUUGAGAGUGUUUGAUGUGCCUUAUCAGAUGGGCUCUGCUACAUGCUUUUAUUGGCCACACACUCGCUGACAUUGGAGGAAAAUGACACCAGCAUAAGUGGGAGAGUGCAUCAGCUCAGAAGCAGAGUGCUGCAGAGUUUUUUGGGGGGUAUUUUCAACACGCUCUCAUUCUUCUCAGACAUGUUCGGUUCCAUGGUUUGCACAAAGGAAAAUAUUUCCUUACCCAAAACGCAAUUCAAAACAAAAUUGUGCCCAUGCCCAACAAGUUUCAUGUCACCAAAAAACAACACUUGCAAGAUGACUUUAAAAAAAUGAGGCACAUUUUCAGUUUGGUAAUGAUGCACAAAGCAGAGGUCAGAAAAAAAAGCCCUCGACCAACCACAGAGCAGGGGAGAGGUUCAAGGGGAUGCUGCACUAAAAGCAUCAGAGUAACAAGCACACAGGAGGAUGCUGGAAAAAGGGGCAGGAUGAAAAUUAGAGGUAGAAAGAUAAGAAAGCAAUGACAUAAAAAACAGCAGGAGGGAGGGAAGAUAAACCCAAUUUGCAACAUGAUCACCUUGUGCAGGCUAUCAAAGCGAAAUGCAAGAGGUUGUGUUGGAGGAGGUCUAAUGAACAGACAGAGGUAAGUCAGUGAUGAUGGGAGGAGGGUGGAGGAGAGAGGGUUAUGUGAAGUGUGAGGAAACAGUAAAUUGGUUUCAUGACACAGGGUAUAAAAAUAGGGGAGAGGAGGAGGAAAUACAUGGAGGGAGGGAAACCUAUAGCAUAUAUAGGCAGGGUGGAAUGGCAGAACACGAAAACAACAAUAUCAGGUAUAUAUGCACGGGAAAAAAAACAUCUGAAAGUAGAAAUAAUGAAACUCUAAUAAGAAAAAUACAGCCUGGCAAAAUCUGUGCACGCAUAUUUUUUAUAUAUUUCUGCAGUUAUUUCCAUGAUUUUUAACACUUAAUUUUAUAUGUUGCAAUAGUUGCAACAUAUUGAAAUGAUUUUUUUUUUUUUUUUAUCAGUGGCAUGCUUCAAGUGUCUAGGGGACCGGCCUUUACCAGUUUAAAAUAACAGCACAAAGGGCACAAAGCAGAGUCCUUUGCCCAUAGGGGCACUAUAAGUUCUAAACCUAGUUUUUUAUUAUUAUUUCACCCUUUUAGUGUAUUGCUUUAUCUUUGGUGUAAAGCAUCUUUGAAUUGUGCUUGGAAAAGUCCUAUAUAAACAGGAUUUAAAUUUAUCUUUAUUGUAGGUCCAAAGUGUCUCUAUGUCUUUAGAUUAAGGCACACAAAGAAAAGUCUACACUUCUUUCUGGUAUCAGAGACUUGGUCAUAGGGCCUGUCAUUUAGAUUAAAUUUUUUUGUAUGAUGAUGAAGAAUAGGAUCAUGACAAAAUCACAGAAAACAGUUGUAAAAGUAAUACCCAUUUAAGAUAGUAAAAGCCUGGAUUGCUUUUGUUGGGUGUCCCAAGUAACAUCACCUAUAAGUCUUAAAAAUACGCCCAACUGAUGGAAACAUCAGGGUUCAGAGGGGGCAUUACUGAAAGCUCUCUGGCAAUGCUCCAAAAUUGAUAAAAAAAAUUGGAGCUGUAUAAAGAACAUAAUUAGAGAAGUUUCUGGUUUCUCUCUCAGAUUAUAUUCUCUGAUUGACCCAUCAUUAAUGAGAGGCUGCAGAAAUGCUGAAGUGACUCAGAGGAUGUAGGGACAGAAGCCUCCUCUUAUGGGGAGUGGUUAAUGGAAUUAGGAAGGGUGUGAUCAAAUUCACAACGCUUCAACAUACAGAUUAAAAGGUGGGAGUUGAUGAGAUACCAGGACCUCAUUUAUAACGAUGCAUGAAACAGUUCCAGAGCCUGUAAUCGACCAAUAUACUGAUGUUCAUCCAUAUUCUAUGAUACUGUAGGGACCAUAAGUCUGUUUGUUAUUUCUUCUUCACAGGUCCUUCGUUGUAUAACAGUUUACUUAUAUUCUGUUUGAUAUUGUCAAAAUGUUGACAUAUAUUGAUGUGAUGUAAAUUACUGCACUGAAACUGUGAUGGGAGAAAAGUGGACUUUUCUGUGUUAUAUGUAAAAUUCUCAACAAUAAUAAGUCACAAGAAUUUUACAAUUACUUAUUUCAUUCACAGACUUACUUAUCCAUUUAUGUAGAUUUUCUUUCAGAUAUAAUUUAGCUUCUGGUCUGUAUUCUUAUGUAUUUAUUUUUUCCACUGCUGCUGUUAUUUCUUAUCUUUUAUCCUCUUUUUCUUCCAUGAGGCAGUUACUGCAUUUUUAUGUUGUAAUGCCUCUACGAAUCUUGCAAAUGUAUGAAUAUAAAAAAGUUGAAAAGGGGAUGAAUUUUAAAAAAAAAUGUUUUUGUAUGUGUAAAACAGCCCCCCCCCCCCCCCCUUAAUUCCCCCUUUUUCCUAAUAAUUCAUUCAGUAUACUGAGUUAUCCUCAUCUAAAGUAAAAGACACUUGUUUUGUACUGAUUUAAGAGGCACUCCAGCCAAAUCAGUGAUAUUGGACCUAAAGUUUACUUGAGUUUUGUCUCAUCUAUAUGGUCCAAUUCACAGUAUUGUUUUUGCAAUCUCUGAUUUUUAUUGGAAAGACUAGUCUGGCCUGCUCAGACCCAUGACCCUUUACAACAGGUUUUGGGCUGACUUGGCUGAAACACUUGGAGUAAGCAAACAUUAUUUCCAAGUCCACGAGGCCACCCUGAAGCUGGGGUCCAACUACAUACAGUUAUGUCUUAGGGUAGCAAAAGCUUUUCUUAAAAAAUCGGGGAAGCAAAUCAGGGUUUUUGUCGGUUUGUUUUUUUUGCCACGUUUUGUACUUUGUGAAAAACUUCAAACAUGAAGAAUUAUAAACCUCAGAGUUUCUUACAUAAGACCCCACAGAUCUGAUAUUUUAGUUUACUUUGAGUUGGUCUUGCAGUGAUGCCCUAUCAUUUAUCAUACAGUCAUACUGGCUAUCUUCAUAUAAACAGAUAACAGACACAAAACGAUGUAUGCACAGUUGGGAGUGUAGGAUGGAACUGUGGAGGCAGAGAGAUAAAAAAAGAAGAGGAG